AGUGAGCUAGGGCUGGAGCGAUGGCCCGGGUUUGGAGCCCGCGGCCGCCGCCGCCACCACCACCACCAGCAAGUUGGGAGCAGCUGCGGCUACAGCCGGAGUGGGGGCCGGAGUCGCGGCUGGAGUGGAGGCGGCGCGUGUGAGUUGCCCAGAGUCGCCAGAACACCUCAAACUCGGCGGGAGCGCUUCAGGUGGGCUGAGCCGCCGUCGCACCUCCGCACCGCUCUACCCUCCCGGCCCAGCCAGCAGGGCUGGGGUCUCCCAGGUGCGGUACUGGCCGUUGGCAAGCUGAGCCCUACGAGCCGUGUUCUAGGCCUUCCUCAGUCUCGGGCCCCUUCAAACUCAAGGCGGAGGCCGGAGAACGGUGAUCACCCCAAGACCCGGUCCAUUUCUUUGGCGCCCAAGCUGUGUCGGGUUGUAGCGGCUUCGAGCCCUCUUCUGCUGCCACCUCUCCAGCUAGGGAGCGAGUAGCGCGUUCUCACUGUUCAGCUCUGCACCUCCCCUUCUUUUUCCAUCAAGAACAAGUUUCUUUUCGCUCUCUGCUGGAAGUCCUGCCCCGGAAGGCCAAAACACCCAUCUGCGUGUCCUUCCCCAGCUCCCGGAAAACACUUAGAAAUAUAACCUACCUAUUCGGAGAUAAAGAUUGCGUCCCUUGCCACCCGCUUAUGUGAGACUCCAUGCCCAGAGCCUUACCCAUUUUUAUCACCAGCUCCUUGGCCAUCUCUAUGUGACCUCCCCCACCCAUCUGAGUAUCACUUUCCUCUGGACUCCAGGCGCUAGCCCCCAGCGGAUCUGGUCAGUCCCACCCCUGGGUGGGAGUGACCCAGGGCUCUAGCCCAGAUUCCCCACCCUGGAAGGCAGCUCCAAGGCAGCGAGAGAAUUGGGCGUCGGGUACGAUCCUGGCAGCUCAGGAGUGGGUGCACCACUCACCCCACACAAAAAGAUGAAGAAGCGCAAAGAGCUCAAUGCAUUGAUCGGCUUGGCUGGGGACAGUCGGAGAAAGAAGCCCAAGAAAGGCUCAGGCCACCGCCUUCUUCGCACUGAGCCUCCUGACUCAGACUCUGAAUCCAGCUCCGAAGAGGAAGAGGAAUUCGGCUUAGUUGGAAAUCGCUCUCGCUUUGUCAAGGGAGACUAUUUACGAUGCUGCAAGAUCUGUUAUCCCCUCUGUGCUUUUGUCAUCCUUGCCGCCUGUGUUGUGGCCUGCGUUGGCUUGGUGUGGAUGCAAGUUGCCCUGAAGGAGGAUCUGGAUGCCCUCAAGGAAAAAUUUAGAACAAUGGAAUCUAAUCAGAAAAGCUCAUUCCAAGAAAUUCCCAAACUUAAUGAAGAACUACUCAGCGAACAAAAGCAACUUGAGAAGAUUGAAUCUGGGGAGCUGGGCUUGAACAAAGUCUGGAUAAACAUCACAGAAAUGAAUAAGCAGAUUUCCCUGUUGACUUCUGCAGUAAACCACCUCAAAGCCAACGUUAAAUCAGCUGCAGACUUAAUUAGUCUGCCUAGCACUGUAGAGGGCCUUCAGAAGAGUGUAGCUACCAUUGGCAACACUUUAAACAGCGUCCAUCUUGCUGUGGAGGCAAUACAGAAGACUGUGGAUGAACACAAGAAAACCAUGGAGUCACUGCAGAGUGACAUGAAUCGGCACUUCUUGAAAGAGACCAGUGGAAGCAACCAGCUCAUUCCAUCACCUUCAGCUACAUCAGAAUUUGACAAUAAAACCUACAGUGAGAAUUUGAAACAGAUGGAUGAAAGAGCCACCACUCUGAAAAGAGAGUCCUUGCAUCAAGUGACCAACAAACCAGAUACAUUAAAAACCCAAGGCAUCAAGAAAGAAGAUAGUUCAGAUUCUCAAGUAUCCAAGCUAAGAGAGAAACUGCAGCUGAUCAGUGCUCUCACAAACAAACCUGAGAGCAACAGGCCUUCAGACACUGCUGACAAAGAGCAAAUACAGAGUUUCACAUCAAAGCCGUCGGCGUCGCCAAAAUUUCCACAGUCUCUUGGAGGUCAAACUGAGAAAGCUGAGCAGCUAAGACCUAUUGCCCUUCCAGGAAUUUCUAGCAUUGAAGAUCUUCAGGAUUUAUUCCACAAGACUGGCCAGGACAUGGAUGGGAAGCUGACCUACCAGGAAAUCAGGAACUCCUUAGGUUCUAGUGUGCCGGAACUAGAGACUUUGAGAGCAUUUGAUUCUGAUGACGAUGGAAGAUACUCUUUCCUGGAGCUAAGGGUAGCUUUAGGUGUCUAGCCUCAUCAGGCAUAUUUUAGAAAUGGGUAUAUACCCAGGACUACCUAACAUCUACUCACCUAACACAAACAACCCUUUUACUUACCCAUCGAUCCUCCAGUCCUCCAGACUACUGUAGCAGACACAUUGCCACCUUUUAACUUCUUUGAAAAGCUAUAAAGAAAAGUUAUUUUUUUAAAAAAGGCCAUUUUACCUAUAUGAUAUUCAGCAAUCUAUGAUUUCCUAAUGCCAAUAAGAUCUUAAUUUCAAAAUUGCCAGGAAAAAAAAGUCAGGCCCUCUUUUUCUUUUCUCUUUCCUUUUUAAAUUUUUUUUUUUUUAGGGAAGGAGACCUCCUCUUUUAAAACUGGAAAAUGUGUAUAUAGUGAGACUAAGCCACCUUUUAUAUUUCACAUAAAUUUGCCUUAAAUUAGCUGCACUUUAUACAGACUCAGAAAAUGUCUUUCUUUUAAAAGCUAGACCUUUUCUGUUUGUAAAUAUUUAAAAUGAAAGAAAGAAUUGUGCAUAUUUUGUGGGACGUCAGUAGAAUGGCUUGAAACAGGCUGUGAACAAAUGACUUGUUAAUUAAAAAUCACUAAUGUGGUAACAGCUAAAACUAUGUCCAUGUCUCCUUAAGGUACCUCCUUCAGGUGCUGCUGUGGGGUUUGGCCUGGAAGCUGGAGGACCAGAUAUGGGGAGGUGACCCUGUCAGGACUGUGCUGCCUCCAGGCUCAGGAAAGUAAGAGUCUGGCUCUUUGUUGCUGUACCCUCAGCUGAUCCCAACCUGUGAACCAGACAAGUCUUGUUGGGGGUUUUUCUCACUUUUGAUCCUAUUUCAGGGUUUAUGAGCAUAAGCAGUUCUGCAGUGGGGAGCUGCAUUUUCCCCACUGAAUGAGCUACGUUGUCUUCCCCCACCCACCCACUCAACCUCUCUCAGCUGUAGCUGGCUGCCACCUCUGGCCCAGCCUCCAUUCUGAAUGGCAGGUCUGUGCUCCUCCACUCACUGUCUCCACCUGGCUACCCAGGUGGGGCUUUAGGGGAUAUCUUUGCCCCUCAUUGUAACCCAGGAAACCCCUUGACAUUUCGCCUAGAGGCUUACCAAGAAGAACUUUGCAUGUUCUUCUGUGGGCUCUGCUGUGAAAUGCAGCACAUGAAAUCAGGUCAGGUUCCCUUACAGUUGUCAGCUCAAGGAGCUAGAGGCAUUCUGUCCAGAGGAUGCCGAACAGUAUCAAGCAAGGGGCAUCACAUGAUGGUAGCAAGUUUUUUCAAAUCUCAUAACAAGCAUGUGCAAUACCCUUCCCUUUGAAUACUUCCAUGGGUCUGGUACAAAAGGUCCCCAGACUGGAAGGAACCACAUCUCCUUGUCACCUGUGUGUGUGUGUGUGUGUGUGUGUGUGCUGUUCUUAGAAACAGGCCUUGGGCAACACAAAAGGAAGAACUUUGUGGAACUUAACUGUUCUGUAGACCAAGUCAGGGAGACACUAGAGCUUUCAUGGCACAGACUUCUUUAGUAGAGCUCGUUUCCAUUUUAACUUCAUCCAAGUUGCCCUGUUACCCAGGGAUGCCAUUGAGCACCUUCAAACAUUUAAGGGCUGGUUUUUUCUUUAUGUGGUGUUCAGUUUAGUGUUGACUAAUUUUGAUUUUUUUUUUCUGAAAGGAUGAACAUUUAGUUAAAGCAAGAUGAAGUCUUUUCCCAUGAAUGUGUCUGCUUACCUCACAAUGGCUUGUGUUUCUUUAAAAAAAAAAAAAAAUUUUUUUUUUUUUUUUUUUUUUUCCUAUUGAGCUCUUUCUCUUUCUUAGAAAGGUUAAAAUAUAGCAUAAAAUUAGCCUGGCACUUUAGGUAACUUGAAGACAACUCUUUUUCUUCUGGCUGCCUUCCAUGAACACCCCCUCCCCUUUUAAAUAUAUAUACCCUUACAGAUUUUGUAACAACCAAAUAAAAUUCUAGCAAUAAAUUGAAUUAUACUGCUAUAUUUGUAUAUACUGUACCAUAAAUAGUAUGUCUGUACCUGGAAGGUAUUUUUUUGAGAACUGAUUUAUAUGAAAUAUACUUGAGGGUAAUGUAGCUUGUCCAUUUUAGUUUCUUAUUCAUAGGCAGAUACUCUGAGGACCCCUUAACUCUUUGUGGUCUGUACUUUUCUUUUGUAUCAGAUAGCUCCACCUGGAGAAUUCAGUUUGGUUUUUCAGUUUCUCAGCUGUUCACCCCCACCUCGAGCUCAUCUGGCUCGCAUGGUCCUGAAGCCCGCUGGACUUCCUGUCGCCUUUGGCAGAGGUGUUCUGGCCACACUCUCAGACUGUGAAUAUCCUUGCCGUGCCACUGCCCUAGCUUCCAGGCAGAACGAGGGCAUCUGGAACUCUUGUUCCAGGUUGAGGAGAUUCAUUGGCAUAAAGAGUUUGACGAACCUAUUCUUCAGUGACAAUUUGGGAGUUUUCUUUGGAAGUUGUCUUAACUUCCCUAACCUGUGACUUGAGCUGUACUCAAGCCUCUUUGCCUCAUGUCUCAGCUCUGAGAGGAAGAUUGGGUUUUGGAGUUUGUUUUAAAUACUUUCACCUUUUCACCCUGGCAGCUCCUCCUGCUGCUUUCCUAAGUGACCCAAAGCAUGGCUUCUCAGUCCUUUUUUUUUUUUUUUUUUUUUUGCCUGUACUCUCUGGGAUAAUGUUUACUUGGAGAGCCUCCCUAGAAAUCAGAGGACCAAAAAGGUCUUCUAGGAAGAGAAGAGUCAAAGGAGUAGAGAACCUGACUUAGGGGAAAAGGUAGCGUCCUCUUAAGGGCAGAGAGGGACCUGGCACUUAGGACAGGACACCCUACACCUGCGGCCAUUUCCUCAUUUUAAAUUGCUUUGCUGGAUGGAACUCCGAUGCUCCCACCUGCCACUGCUGGUCUUGCCGGUCACAGUUGAAGACUUUGACUGUGAUGGGCUCAUACUCAUAAUGGGCUGCUGUUGAGUUGUUUUUAGUGACAGUUUUGUUUGCUACACACCUCAUUGGCUUACUUACCAACACCAGCUAGAUGUGGUCCCUUCUUUCGUUUCCAAACCAGAACACAUUUGGGUAUUCCUGAGACUUAUAUAGAGUGUGUAUUGUUUGUUAUACGAACCUAACCUACCUUGUUGUUUUCUCAUAUUAAGAAAUGUAAAUCUACUUUGCUUUAGCGGAGCUAUUUUGGUAAUGUCUGAGCAAUUUUGGUUCUUUGUGGAGAGUGAAUUCAAGGUGUCUGUGACUUGAGCUUUGCUUAUUUCAUAUCAGUAAUACAGCUAUUUUAAUUUAUCUAAAUAAAACAUUUCCUUUUUCUCCCA